GUUCACCGCCAUUGCCGUCGGCUAAAAGCUUCUCCGUAGUUUCAUCUCAUGUCUUGAUUCUCGAAAGCCAUGCUUGGCUACCAUGCCUGCUUGCAUCCGCGACCUCCUCUCCUUAUUUCCCUCCCCACCAAGAAGGAGCCAUCUUUCUCUCCUCCCACCACCCAUCUCCCAUGGCGGAAGCUCUCGACGAGGAGAGAGAACCGGUUCCUUCCGAUUUCCAUCAAUACACCGGUCCUUCAUUCUCCCACGGAGGCGGCGCUGGAGACCGGGGGAGUUUUGAGGAGCUGCUUCCCUUCUCUGGCUUGGGCUAACGUGAUGUUCUACAAGGGGGGCUACUACAACCUCCAGGUGGUGGUCGGCGAGGACGAGCCUGAGGAGGUGCUUCUGAGGAGGUUCCGGCGAGAGGUGAUGAAGGCCGGCGUCAUCCAGGAGUGCAAGCGGCGGAGGUGGUUCGAGAAUAAGCACGAGAAGAAGAAGCGCAAGGCCCGGGAGGCCGCCCAGAAGAAUCGAAAAAGACGUUUUCGGCCAAAAAUUCUUCCAAAAAAUAAGCAAGAAGCACCAAACCAAAAGAAAGAGGAGGAAGAAGAAGACAAUUGGGAACUUCCUGAAGGAGAACUUCCUUACUGAAUUUGGAGUCACACCUCACUAUCUUUUUGGCAGGAGACUCUGCAGUGUUUAUGCAGUGGGCUGGAGCUGAUCUUUGUGCUACUCAUUUUUGUAAGUUUUGGAGUCCAAUCUCAUAGAUGUAAUUGAGUUUGAAUUCACAAACACUGAUCCAAUUUUAUCUAGAUCUCUCUCCAAAUCCAGAUCCUAGACAAUAGAAAAUCUUCAUAUCCAAGAAGUUUCUGAAAAAA